AUGAGGGAUCACCCAAGCAGCCCACGCCAAGGAUCCCCCGGCCCGCAGGGACCAAGGAGAUUAUCUGACGAGCUGGGCGACUUCAUGUCCUCCACGGACGACGACUACGAAGACGACGACUACAGCGCGAAUGGAGGCCUCGAGACGCCAAUGUCUUCCAGGAAAAGUUCGCAAAGCGACGGCUUCUUCGAGGAGGACGACGAAGAGGAGGAGGAGGAAGAAUUCCCCCCGUUUAAACCCCCGCCCAUAACCACCACCACCACCAUCAUCACAGAAAGAAAAGUAGCAAGGAUAGAUUAUGCCACGGACUAUGACACAGAUAGCAGACCCAUGACGGCGACGAGUCCGCCGCCGUUCCGCCGCUCUUCGACGUGUCCCGUCAUCACCCCCGACUUCCUCUCCAGCGCCGCCGACGAGGUCGUAAGAAUCAUGCCCGAGCAGGCGGAUUUCAUGAAGCGCAUGGUCGAGGGCUGGCGCGAGAUCCAGCGCCGGUCAUCGGUUAGCGUCAUGGCCGCCGCGCCGUCCCCGCUUUCCCUGAGCGCCAGUCCCUCCGGACCCGGCGGCACCACCACCACCACCACCAAAAGGCCGCAUACUGCCCCGAGUCCCAUGUUCCCGCCGGCCAUGAACUUUUCGUCUUUCCCCAGGACCGUGCCGGAGGCGUUGGAGGAAGAGCAGCCCGCGAGCUCGACAGAGUCCGAGGCGAGUUUUAUCGUCGCUCCUGUGCCUAGGCCGGAGAGGGUCGAAAGUACCAUUGACGAGUUGAGGGUGUUUGCGAAGCAGUCUGCCGAGGCUGCCAUCGCGGCGUCCCCUGGGAGCUGGGAAGAGCAGGAUGCAAAGUUUGCCGUUGUCGAGAGGUGCAUAGACACCAUCGGACGGGUGUACGACCGCAAACCCGAGAGGGGGAGGCGGCGGAGGAAGCUGGGGAUGAAGUGCGUCGGGGCGCUGGUGAAGAUUUGCGAAAUGUUUGCGAGCGAGGGGCCGGACGGCGGCUCGUACCGCUUCGAGUCGAAUUUUUCUCUCGACGAGACGGAGCGAGAGGAGGAGGACAACGGGAGCGGGAGCGGGAGCGAGAUUGAGACGGACGGCGGCGAGAGCGAGCCGGAGGAUUACGCCGACGAUGAGGCCGAGUACGAGCUCGAGGAGAAGUCGGCGGGGCUUGUCGCGAGGGCAUGGCGGCGCAAGGGCCGUCGUGACCUUAAGCCCAUCGAAUCCGGGUUUUUCCUCGGCGGCGACUUGUCGAAUGUCGAAACGGAUAAAAAGUCGAUGCCGCUGCCGCCGCCGCCGCCGUCUCCCACCAAGGACCCCUUUGACGAACGCCGCCACACCGAUUUGGUGGAGCAGGCGCGCGCCGAGCUCGACACCCUUUUCGCCGCGGCCGCCGAGGCCGAUACGCCCUUCGAGGAGCGGCAUUCCCGCGUCGUGUACGCCGUGGAAGCUUACCUCGGCCGCUUAUCGGAGAUGGAGGCGUCUCACGACCGGGAAUUCAAGUGGCACGCCGAGCUGAAGGCGUUCCACGUCGCAAUGGGCUCGCGGAAUAUGCUCGGCUCCGAGCCGGGGACCGCCAUGGCGCUCGUCGCCAGUUUAUUUUUCUGUUUCACGCCCAUUGCCACGGUGUUGUGGUACGUCACGGAGCCGACGACGACGUGGAUGCUGUGGAGGAUACUGAUUCCCAUCGGAUGUUAUUUCCUGCUCCUCGCCGGGUUCUACAUCGACCAGAAGGAGGCGAGGGAUGCGUUGUACGAGGAGCAUUUGCCGGUGGAGGCGAGGGAGAUGAGGGGCCGUCACAAGCGGGAGAAGGAGCUCUUGCAGGCUGCGCACGAGAGGGCUGUCCAGAAGGUUUAUUCGCCUGAUUCGUGA